AUGUUGACCUUACCUCCACCUCCGCCUCUGAAUCGUGCACUCAGCACUCCGCCAUCAACACCGCAGUCACUGAAUGUCGAGUCACUACAGCGUCAGCCCAUUGCUGAAUUGACGCCACCGAUAUCGCCUGUUUUGCAACGGCCUUCCAGGUCAUCGUCAGAUCUGGCCAAACUGGACGAUGUCAUUUCUCAACCGGUCACAGAAAUGUCUCGCGGACUUGGCAAGAGGUGGUCUGGCAACGACACCACAAGGUCGCUCGAGGAGACCCCGAUCCCGACACGCAAUGAAGACGGCGUACUGAUCUGCCCGUUUGAUGUUGAUCUGGUGGAAGAUGGGCGUGGACGCAAUCAGCUAUUUGGAUCUGGCGCCUGGAGCAAUGUUUACAAAGCCACACCUCUGCGACGAGCAGCAACCUCGCAAGGUCUACUGACUCCUCCUUCGUCACCUACGAGCCCGUUACCGCUCCUUGUGGCUGUAAAGAAGCCUGCAAGACCGGAUGCCAAGCCAAUUCUUCGAAAUGAGGCAACCAUACUCAGCUACCUAAAUGAUGUUCCGUGGAGCAGGAACUACAGCGUUCCAUUCUACGGCUUAUUGGAUGACAGUCUUGUGCUAGGAGCGUGUCCAGUCUCGCUUGAAGACCACAUACGCCGCUGCGCCAGUAGAGCCUCACGACAAUUGACAACAUCAAAUAUGCACGACCCAGUCCUUGGCUCGACUAAAGCAUGGCUCCGACUAGCACACAAAUUGGUCUCGGCUCUGGCCUGGCUUCACGACUGCGCUGGUGUGGUCCACGGCGAUAUCAAGCCAGGUAACUUCGUCCUCGCGUCAUUCAAGUCGUCGCACCAAUACUCGUUCUCAGGCAAUAAUUAUUCAAGCUAUGAAGACGAAGUCACUGAAGAGGAACUUUAUCCCCUCUUCAUCGACUUUUCGUCUUCCCACAAGACAUCGCACGACAAGGACACUAUCCCUUUGGGAACACUCUCGCUGUCACCCGCGAACGUCUUCUCGCUUGCCAUCACGUUGCUUGUCGCUGCCACGGGAAACACUCGUGUGUAUGAUGGCGAUGUUUACCGACGGCAGGCUAUGGCGACGCAAGGUUGGCAGUGCAUCAGCUUCAUGCGAUCAGGCAAUGACGGCGCGAGAAUACCACGAUUCGGCGUGGUGGAAAAUGUGGUGGAAAGAGCAGUGCUGAAGGAUGGGAUGGGUCGCAUAUCGGCGAAGGAAUGGCUGGACAGUGUCGAAAUGGAGAUUAGGAAAGGGGACCCGGUCAAGGCCGACAAAGGUUCAUACAACGGCGCCUUGCCGGCCAAGGCUGUGCAGUUGCCCGUGGAGCAGGGGUCAAUAUGCAAGCUACCGGCGCCGACUAUAUGA